GUUCUGCGGCAGCGGGAGAAAGGGUUCCGGCCAGAUCCACUGCGCCGGCGCGUAGGCAAGAGCGCUUAAAGCGCCUUCCGGGGCGCGGGAACUGUGCUCCUUCUCUCGGCCUAUCUCUUUCAAAGUGCACUGAGCGAGGUUCAGAGAGGCCGCCACCUCCGAAGGAACGUUUCUCUGCAGCUCCGAGGCUCUCGCUGCCUUGCUGCUCCAGCCCUUGCCCUUUGACCUCGUUCUCGCAGCAGGGUGAGAGGUCGGGUGGCCAUCUUGUGGCGCGGCGCGGGCGGUUGUUACUGCGGAGACCCGUCCCCUCCCCCUCCUUGCACCCCUGGCGGUCUGUCAGUCGGUAAAGAGUGUUGCAGUCUGUCCCCGGCCUCGUGCCAUCGACUCUUCCUGCUGCACUGGGCGGCCCAGGCCGCUCCCUGCCGGGCCUCACCGCCACCACCAUGUCCUCCUUCUCCGAAUCGGCGCUGGAAAAGAAGCUUUCUGAGCUAAGCAACUCUCAGCAGAGCGUGCAGACCCUAUCCCUGUGGCUCAUCCACCACCGCAAGCACGCGGGACCCAUCGUCUCCGUGUGGCAUCGCGAACUCCGCAAAGCCAAAUCAAACAGAAAGCUUACAUUUUUGUACUUAGCAAAUGAUGUCAUCCAAAACAGUAAAAGGAAAGGACCUGAAUUCACUAGAGAAUUUGAAUCUGUCCUUGUGGAUGCUUUUUCUCAUGUUGCCAGAGAGGCAGAUGAAGGCUGUAAAAAACCUUUAGAAAGAUUGCUGAACAUCUGGCAAGAAAGAAGUGUGUAUGGCGGCGAGUUCAUACAGCAGCUGAAGCUGUCUAUGGAAGACUCCAAGAGCCCUCCCCCCAAAGCAACAGAAGAGAAGAAAUCUCUGAAACGAACUUUUCAGCAGAUACAGGAGGAGGAGGAUGAUGACUACCCUGGAAGCUAUUCUCCUCAAGAUCCUUCUGCUGGACCUCUCUUGACAGAGGAACUAAUCAAAGCUUUGCAAGAUUUGGAAAAUGCUGCAUCAGGGGAUGCUACUGUCCGACAGAAAAUUGCUUCUCUGCCCCAGGAAGUGCAAGACGUUUCUCUGUUGGAAAAAAUAACAGACAAAGAGGCGGCUGAACGUCUUUCAAAAACAGUAGAUGAAGCAUGUCUGCUACUAGCAGAAUAUAACGGGCGCCUGGCAGCAGAACUGGAAGACCGUCGCCAGCUGGCUCGGAUGUUGGUGGAGUAUACCCAGAAUCAGAAAGAUGUUUUGUCAGAAAAGGAGAAAAAGCUAGAAGAAUAUAAACAGAAGCUUGCGCGAGUAACCCAGGUCCGCAAGGAACUGAAGUCCCAUAUUCAGAGCUUGCCAGACCUCUCACUGCUGCCCAAUGUCACAGGGGGCUUGGCCCCCCUUCCCUCUGCUGGUGACCUGUUUUCAACUGACUAGGAUGGGUGUCGUGCCCCAGAUUUCCAUCUGUACCAGCAGAAAGAAGAGGCUAAGUUGUGGUUGGGAAUAACCUUCUAGUCCCUGGUUCUGUCCCUUCUUCCACCUGCCCCCAGCCUCAAGAAAGAACCACAGACUCUGAUUCUCUUCUCCGGCCUUUCAUCUUGAGCACAGUUCAGAACAGUGACAAAUGGAAUCCGGUUUAGAUUCAUAUUUGCAAAGAAUAGACUUUUUCUUCUACUUGUUUUCAUGCCCCAGUUGGUUUUCCAUUCUUAGCCCAUUCUUUACACUCAAGAAGUUAUGAAAAUCAUGUAUACUUCUGGAAGCUUUCAAAAGAAUCUUGGCCCCCAUGACAGCAUUUUGUCAUGAAAGCAGCUCCUCCUUUCUGAGCAAGUCUUGUUCAAGUUCAGUAUGGGCUUCCACUGAGGGACUCGCUCUGGAGAUGACUUUCCCAGCUGCCAUCUGCCCCAGAAGGUUGGAGGCAGAGCUGUCGAUCAGCUUUGCCAUAAAGAGUUUGCCAAAUCUCUGAUCCGCCCUUACCAUUACUUCUACUAGCCAUGUGUAUCCAAAGGAUAGGUGCGUCUAUUUUGUAGAAUCUAGCAAUAAGAUCCAAAGUUAAUCUGGGACAUAAAGGCACAGUUCAUAGAAUAACAGGGAUCACAAGCAUGAAUUAAAAAUCAGUUACUUGCUUUAAUUGCCCACAUGCAGCCUUUCCAUGCUGCACUUCUCAAGGGCCCCCAUCCACUGUCACAGAGCAUGUUCCUAAAAGCGGAAGCUGUAGUCAUGGCGAAAGCAGUUGGUAGGAAGGGCAGUGGUGGGUCCCACAAGAUAAAGCUACCCCACAGAGGUGUGCUGUGUCUGGGCUCUGCAUGGGUCUUGCUUUUACCCUUUUUUCUGGGAGUAGGGCACACACUAACAUUUAAUCCAUUGUGUGGGCACAUGUCCAUAGUCUGGUGACUAAACUUGAACGUCUCCUCUGCAAGUAGGACGCUGAGCUUGUCCGUCUGUCAGGUCACGCCACUGCACAGGUCCUUGCCCGUAUGUUGAAGGAGUCUUUGCAUCAGAUGUUUAUUAAAUAAGGCAAGAAGGGGGAAGUCGGGGAUAUUAAUUGGGGCUUUUAAUUCCAUUAUCAUGCCAGCUGACAUUAUGACUUUAUAAUGUAGUUAGAGAGAAUUUUUAUCUUGCUUAUAGUAAGAGAUCAGCCUGCUAACUGUAAAUCAUUCUAAUUUGGCAGGCUUGUUUUUGACAUUGGAAAGGGCAGAAAACAAUUUGCUCGAUACUAUAAUAGGAAUUAUAGCCCAGAGGCUGAAAUCCAAAAGCUAUAAAAAGGAAUUCAGUGGAGGGGGCUUCAGAAUCUCCAUUAAUUUGAAUAGCUGUUUCCAGGAUCACCAAAAAUCUCAUGUAAUUUUACAUGUUAAACAUGUUAAAGCAUAACCUAUGUUUUAUAAAAUAUAACAGGCUUCCCUUCAAGAAGCUCUCCUGCCUGUCAUGUGAGAACAAUGAGAAGUCAUUCAUUUUAACUGUGUAGAGCCUAGUAGUGUUUAAGCUGUGUUUCAGAUUUGAAUACAGACUGUGUGUUGUUUGCUUAUGACACUGCCUGUUCUUUCACUGUUAAAUUAGUCUGUUAGGUUUUUCUUCCAGAGGCCGUAGGUGACAUUACUAAAAUUGCAAGAUAAAUUUUAAAUCUUUGCUGCUUCUGCACAUAUGCCUGCUCCCUCAUAUGGUGUGCUGCUUUAGUCCUACAUAUAUGGACGUGUUUCUUCACAGACUGACCUUGGACACUGCUUUCACCAAGGAAGCAAGAUUUUACCAGCCACAAACCAGCCAAAAGGGUAUAGUGGAAAUUUGCUCUGAUCAGCUAUAUGAAAAUAUAACAUAAUGGAUUUAGCCCACUGCUCUGUUUUAUCCAACUGAAUCUUUGACCAGCAAUUGGUGCAUAAUUAUUACAGCAAGAGCAAGAGGUGAAACUGUAGCAAUUAUGUAAAUGAAUGUGUUGGCCUCUUAACACCUGUUACUAGUGGACUUCCUAUAAGGAAGUUGGUUUUGUUUCGUUUUAGUGAAUGCUUCUGUUUUUUAAAUCUUAAUUCUGCUUCCUACAUCCUCCCAAAGUGUGCUUACUUCAUUUGUUUAAUUUAAAUGAACCUUUCUCUUUGUAUGUAUAAGGUGAUCUGGCAGGGUGGGGUGGGUGGUUUUCAUUUUUGUGUUUUUUCUUCUUAGGGCAUCCGUAGGCCCCAAAGGACCUUUCCUUUAGGUCAUAUUCCUCAGAAAGUCUUCGGUCUUGCUUCGUUUUUGUUUUGUUUUUCUUAAAGAAUAUUUUUAAAGCUUAAAUUUGUAUAUUAAUUUAGGACUUUAUUUAGAAGUAUAGGCUGUCGGUGGUGGCAGCAGUAUAUUCUGAAAUGUCUCAUAGAUAUAUAUUUUUGAAUAAAGAUGGUGUUGUUGAACAACAA